AUGGAAAAUAAUGUCUGUUAUUUUACAUUAUCGGCUACAUGGGUAAUACAGAAUUCAGCAGAUAAAAUCAUUCCAAAUCCAUUUAAUUGUUCACGUUGUUCCUCUGAUAUCGAACCAUCUCAUCCAUGGGUUCGUUAUGUUGAUGGUGAUGCUGCAGCAGCAUCAAUAUUUGGUUUAGUAAUCCUUAUCUUAAUAUUAGCUAUUCCAAUCAGUAUGCUUGUUAUAGAUGCUCGUUAUCGUGAUCUAUUAUAUUGUUCAAUUGAACCUCAUAUAAGUCGUUUUUUAAUUGUUCACGGAUCUGUUUUAAUCAUAUGGAUUAUUCUAACAAUUAUGCUAUCAAUAAUGAGAAUGUUUUCUGCUUAUACACGUUCGAUAAUAUCAGUUAUUUGUGUUGUUAUGUUACGCAUUACAAUAAUUGUUAGACAAAUAUUUUCAAUAGUUCGGUUGAUUGUUGGAAGUUUUUGCACAUUUAGCAUAAGAAAUCGAGCGGAAUUUAUAAUUAAAUAUCCUAUUAAUUUUCAAUUUUAUUCUCAUUGA